GUGUAAGAAGUUAAAAUGUCGGAAAAUGUAAAAACUGACGAAAAUGUGCCUAGCUGCCUGCAUUGCAGAGUGUACAAUUCGAAACAAAAAUAUCAUGAGAUAUUCGACGAAGUCGGCAUCGAAAUAGAGCUGGCCAAACUGCUCGACAGGUAUUUCGAGAUAAAAGUUGAGCCCGCCGGCCAAAAACAGAAGCAACUGCUCUGCGAGGAGUGCGUUAAUACGCUAAUUCGUUUCUUUGACAUCGACGAACUGCAAAGGGAGCAAGAUGCUGCAAAUGGUGCAAAUAAAAAGCCCAGUAAUGAUACAAAGUCUUCUGAUCCCAAAAAGGAUGAGAGUCCCGCGAAAAAGCAGACAGCUGCCGGCAAAAAUGCCCAAGGUUCACCAAACACCUCGGCGAAUGCAGCCACAAAGCAAGAGAAGCCGGCGGCGACUGCUGCUGUGAUUGCUACGACUGCUACUGCUCCUGAUCAUACUACAAAAGGAGCGCCUGAAGCUGUCGGCAUACGCAUCACCAGAGCCAGGAAUGCUCCGCAAAAAAGAUUGCCCAUAAAUAUGAAGGAAGCAGUCAAGCGAAGUGGAACACUUAAUGACAAAGCUGACGUCAAACGGAGUCGAUCUAGAGAAGCUGCACAAGGAUCAGGCGAUCAGGAGCAAAUUAGCGCACUCAUACGUGACAUUCUAGAGGAUGAGGAGUCGCCAGCGGAUGAAAAAUUGGUAGAAGCAGCUGCCACAGUCCGUCAGUUGGAGAAACAAUCAGCGGAAGAGGAACAGCAGCUGGAGGAGGCGGUGGAAGAGGAGCAAACGGUGCUCGAGGACCAGGACAAUAAUGAUGAGCUGGAGUUUCUGGUUGAGCGUGAAGACAGCUCCUCGGAAUUGAGCGUGCGUCAUUUCAAAUUGGAGCGAAAAAUUAAAAGCGUCUCGUCGCAGUCACAAAAUGAGAGCCAAAGCGAGGAUGAAGCAUUCAAAGUGGAGCCCUUCAAUUUUGUGCUGAUCAAGGAAUCUGAUAACAUUGGCGAUCUGUACGAGUAUUUGGGAACCGUGGUGAAGACCUGUUUUGAGACUUUGAUCUUUGACUGGGACACUGUGUGCCGCCACUGCUCGCUGAAGUGCAGCAAAUAUGAAAGCUUGUUCGAUCACAUGCUGAAGAGUCACAAGGAGCCGGACGAUAUUUACAAGUGCCCGAUUGCUGACUGCGCGUCCGAGCUGCAGGGAGCCAAAUCCUUGGCCAUGCACCUGGUUGUGCUGCAUGCGCCGGUAGCCGAUAUAUCCAUAUAUGGCAGUUGUCCCGAAUGCAACAUGACCUUCUCAAACAUAUUGCAGUACAAUAAGCACUCCUGCGCGCAUGUCAUCAAAAAGCGACGCGGCAUCCGCCUGUAUUGUGAGAUGUGCGGCUUGGAGUUCCCCUCCUGGAAGCGCUUUAAUUUUCACAAUCAAUUUCAUUUGGAGCGUCACAGGCCUCGCGCCUGUUUUGUGUGCAGCUACGCGGACACCAACAUCGAUGAGCUCUUCCAUCAUUUGCACUACGCUCACGAGCCAGAGGGCACGCUCUUCUGUGACCUCUGUGAUCGCAAUUUUCGGGAUCCUGCCGUCUUUUUGGAGCACAACAAAUCACACUCGAAUGUCAGCAGCACCACCUACAGCUGCACCGAAUGCAGCGCCAAUUUUGAGUCUCGCGGUCGUCUCAAUGGACACCUGCGCACCGCACAUGGCAGCGUCAUCAGCUGCGAAAUGUGCGGCCGCGAGUUUGCCACGGAGGCCACAUACAACCUGCACAUGAAAACGCAUCUGAUUAUUGAGCGCGAGGUGCAUGUGUGCAACAAUUGUGGUCUGCUCAGUGAAAAUAAUGACAGGAUGCUGGCUCAUGUUGCGGAAGAGGAUUCGGUUUGCUUUGGCAUAGAUGUGGUAGUGGAAGUGAUGCGUGAUGCUUAUGUCUGUGAGUUUUGCUCCGCCUACUUUAAGCAGAAGAGUGAUUUAAGCGCCCAUCGCGAAUCGGGUGUGCACAAGGAUGGCCACUUCUGGUGUCAUCCGUGCGGCAAGAAGUUUACCGAUAUGAAGCUCUAUCGUCACCAUUUGCGCAACUAUCAACAAUUGCGCACAGAUUUUUCGCAUCGCCGUCUAGAAAUUUGUCUCUACUAUAUGUGCGAUUAUGAGAAUUGCAGUGAGGCCUACAUUAAUUGGAAUUCGCUAUACACACACAAGCGGCGCACACACGAUGCCGUCGAGAAGCAGGACCCCAAGACGAAGGAUAACGAAUGGAUCUGUCAAUUCUGUCAGAAAGUCUGUCGCUCCAAAAUGUCGCUCUCGGUUCACGUGGCGCGCAGUCACAACAACAAUAAUGUGGUCUGCUCGCUCUGCAAGGCUUCGUAUAAGGAUGAGGAGGCGCUAAAGAAGCAUCACGCCUAUUGGCACGAGCGCAUCGAGUGUCCGAUGUGCUUGAAGGUGGUGAAGAAUCGUCGCAACUACGACACCCACAUCAAGGUGGUGCACUCAAACAAUAAGCGUUAUUCGUGCAGUGAAUGCGAAAAGGGUUUCUAUCACAAGAGCGAAAUGGAGGCGCAUCAGCGGCUGCAUUCUCAAUCGUUUAAAUGCGAACAGUGCAACUUCACCACGAGGAACAAGAAAUCGCUGUCGGUUCAUGUGCUGGGCCAGCACUACAAGCGUUUUGCCUUCAAGUGUAAGUUCUGUGAGAAGCGCUUUGGACGUCGCCAGGGAGUAUCGAAUCAUAUUCUACGUGUGCAUGGCUCCAAAUAUACAUGUCGUGACUUCUUCGAUGGCGGUUGUGGCAAAUCAUUUGGCUCGCCGACACGCCUCAAUGUGCAUGUACGAAAGGCGCAUAACAGCUGCCUCUUUCCGACCGAUGACGCAACCAAAUCGGAGGAAAACGAAGACGAGGAGGUGGAGGAUGUGGAGGAGGAGGAGGAGGAGCCAGCUAUGGUGGAUUCGGCAAGCGAAGGUCCGUCUACAUCGAAGGAACGGUUAAUUCGCAUCAUUGCGAACACUGAGAUUGAACUCAUUGGCGAUGCAGCUGAUGCCGACGACGACAACGAGAGUCUGACUGACUCGGAAAUCUUCGAAGAGCUUCAAGAGAUCAAUGCAAUAGCAAAGCAGCCACCAAAAAAGAAACCAAAGCCAAUGACAACGCAAGCAUGACAGGCUCGGAAACGUUUAGGAAGUUUCAGGAUAUCAAAAGCGCCGACAACAACAAAAAAACCCAAUAGAAAGCAAAGUUAAUCGUGUUGAACUAAGAACUAAGAACGAUUGCAUUAUUUGAUUGUUGCUUUUAUUUGUAUUCGCUAAAGCUGUUAUUAAUCAUUUGAUUUCAACUGA